AUGACGGUGGCCAUGGCUUCUGGUAGCCUCGCAGCUUACCUUGGUUUGAAGCCGGCCAACAACUGCUCGCCAUCCAUUCGGUGCUAUUAUUCCCAUCGUGGCCACCGCCUGGUCGUUCCGGUUGGACCUAGGGGCCAGGUUUGGCCUCUUUUUCCUGGCUGGUUUCUGUUCAUAUUGCCAUCUUUUGUAACUGCGGGGAUCCCUAAAGCUACGUCGCAGACUGCUGUUGAGGAUGGGAGUUCUAAUGAGACUGAUACAGUUCCUACUCCCAAAGUUAUAAUAGAUCAGGACUCAGAUCCAGAUGCAACUAUUGUAGAGAUAACAUUUGGCGAUCGCCUUGGGGCUCUUCUUGACACUGUAUCACUAAAGAAUCUUGGGCUCAAUGUCAACAAGGCUAAUGUAUAUUUGGAUUCUUCUGGAAAGCACAACAAGUUUGCAAUCACUAAGCGUAAGUCUACUGGCCGUAAAAUUGAUGAUCCAGAGUUGCUAGAAGCAAUACGCUUGACAAUUAUUAACAACAUGCUCGAGUAUCAUCCGGAGUCUAGCAGCCAAUUGGCCCUGGGAGCAACUUUUGGAGUUGAGCAACCUAAGCAGAUUGAUGUGGAUAUUGCAACCCAUAUAGAUAUUUACGAUGAUGGCCCUGAUCGGAGCUUGCUUGUGGUGGAGACAGCAGACCGUCCUGGGUUGCUGGUUGACCUUGUUAAGAUCAUCACUGACAUAAACAUAACUGUCCAAUCAGGAGAGUUUGACACUGAGGGGUUGUUGGCCAAGGCAAAGUUCCAUGUCAGCUAUAGGGACAAAGCAAUCAUCAAGCCUCUGCAACAGGUUCUUGCUAAUAGUUUGCGUUAUUUCUUGAGGAGGCCAACAACAGAGGAGGCAAGUUUUUAGAUAUUUUCAAAACCCAUACUCAGAUAAUAUGCUUUGAACAGGUUAAAAAACCUCAGCUUCUCCCCAACUGAGUCUUGGGGUCACAAUCUAAAGAUGAUACCUGUCAUUUUGAUCAAAAUAUUUUACUUCAGAAGCUUAGUAAUCUGUGCGAUCCAUCUGAGAUGCAUAAAUUGGAAAUGGUUAGUUUAUACAAUGGAAACCUUUUAUAAUAGCAGCA